AUGGGCUGUUGUGCCAGCCAGACUGUAGCCGACGCUCUCCAGCCACUAGCAGGGCAAGAAGACGCAGCAAAGAUCUCGAAGGAGGUGCCCUCGACCUGCGCUUCUCAUGCCGAGUUUACACCAACGGGAGCUGCUGGAGGUUAUGAUGCUUCCCCUCCGCAGCCACUACUUCCAGGAGAAGCAGUCGGGGAAGUGGAGCUGCCUGACAAGGACGCCUCGGAAGACUUGGACUGCGACGGCCCGGAGCUGCAAGAGAAGCCACCGGAGGUGAGCCCAGCUGCUGCAUCACCUAUGGAUGAGGUACACGAAGACCGCUCUUGGCAUGAGUCGGCGGCAUCAGGAGAUGUGCCCACCUUGGCCUGGCAUUUGACCCAGGCUGCCGAGAGCAGUCAGCGGCUGCAAGACGGCACCAAAGAGGACCGAGCGACAGCGCUCCACUUGGCAGCCUCGGGUGGACACGUCCAUGCGUGCGCUUGGCUUCUGAGGGCAGCGGCGGAUCCAGCUGCACUGACCAAGACGAAGGCAACGCCGCUUCACCUUGCUGCCCACGGUGGCCACCUGGACGUGGCUAAGCUUUUGUUGGAGCCAGAGCUGUUCGACGUUCAGUGCAGCGACACGUGGCCAGAUGUGUCCAGCACUGAUCUUUGGCGGUGCACCCCUCUCCACCGCGCAGCCGAAACUGGCGCGACGGAGGUGGCACUCUUCUUGCUGGAGAAGAGGGCAUCUGCUGAGAAGGCUGAUCGCGAGGGCAACACGCCAUUGCACAAGGCAGCCUACUCUGGUUCUGGCCCCCUUGUGCAAUUGCUCACCAAGCAAGCUAAAGUUCAGCUGGAUUUCACGAACAAUGAUGGCUUCUCUCCACUGGACAUUUGCGUGCGGGAAAAGCGGUCUGCUGCUGGAGAUGUGCUGGUCUCGGCGGGGGCCAAGUUGGUGAAGGACCCCGGUCGCAGGCACAAGUUCAUAGAAAAGGCAAUCGCGUCGAAUCUGAAGUUUGAGAUCCGGGAGAGCUGUAAUUGUGUGCUGGUCGCGGCCGCGUUUGGUGACUCCAAGUUCGGGACUAGUGUUGUUGUGUAG